AUGGCCGCGCGGCGGGACGCGAGGUGCGAGAGCGCGAUGCUGCGAGUGUUGGCGCUCGCACUGGCUACGGCCGCCAGCCUGACGGUUCCAUGCGCCAGCGCCGUUACGAAUGAAACGCAAGCUCUGAGGAGCAUGGCGGCGCAGUGGCAGGCAGGUGCGGCGCUGGCGUCGUGGCAGGUGGACGAUGUGUGUGGCGUGGCAGGAGGGGCCACCGGUAUCACAUGCCACGACGGCUCCGUCACCGCCCUGUCACUGAACAGGACAAACAUGUCAUUGGGGCCGCUGCCUGCGGAGAUAGGCGUCCUCACAGCACUCACUCUCCUGUCACUGAGCAGGACAAACCUGUCAGGGCCGCUGCCUGUGGAGAUAGGCGACCUCACAGCACUCACUCUCCUGGACCUGAGCUACAACAGCUUUAACAACACCAUUCCUUCUAGCAUCAGCAACCUCGCCAGAUUGCAAUCGCUGGUGCUGAAGAGCAACGCCUUCAAUGGAUCCCUGCCCGACGCCCUCUCCGGCCUCUCCAGCCUUUCUCAAUUAGAUGUGCAGCGCAAUGUCUUCAAUGGCUCCUUGCCUGCCUCGCUCUUCUCCCUCACCAGACUCAGCAACCUCUACAUGGACGCCAACAAGCUGUCCGGCACCUUGCCCUCCCAAGUGGGCGCGCUCACCAACCUCCUCACACUUCAGGUGAGUAGCAACAAUUUCAACGGCUCCCCCCCGGCUACCCUCAGCCUGCUCUCCUCCCUCAAUGAGCUGCAGAUGCACAAGAACAGCUUCUCAGGGCCCUUCCCAUCGGUCAUCACCGCCCUCACCAACCUCACCAUGAUCUACGCCAACAACAACUCGUUCGUGGGACCCUUCCCUGCGUUUCUUGGGGACAUGACUCAACUCGUGAUCCUGAAGAUCUAUUCCAACAAGCUGCACGGCACGCUGCCUCAGAGCUACAGCCAGCUGCGCAACCUCACCCACCUGGACUUGAGGGACAUGCAGCUGUACGGCGCGCUGCCCACGUGGCUGGGGCUGCUCACGCGCAUGCAGUACCUGCACUUCCGCAACAACGAUCUGUCUGGGGCGGUGCCUGAGUCACUGGGGAACCUCACCAACCUCAUUGAGAUCUCGCUCAUUGGCAACCCCAAGCUCAACGGCACACUGCCUGCGUGCUGGGCCAACAUCAUCUCCCUGGGAACCAUUGCGGCAUCACGCCUUCAGUUCGCCUGCCCGUCCUCCGACUUGUGCUGCCCCACGGGCAGCCCCAUCCAGGACCUGCCCUUCUGUGUCAACUUCUGCCCCCAGUACUGCUCCGCCUGUGCUCCAGGCAUGUCGCCCGCAGUGAUAGCAGGAAUUGCAGUGGGGUGCUCUGUGGCGCUGCUGUUAGUGCUGGCUCUCGCGCUCUACAUCUGGUACUACAGAUUCGGCCCAGGCCGCAUACAGGCAUGGGAGCGGGAGUUGGACCGGGGCUUCCGCAAGUACACGUGGAGGGAGAUCAUGGACGCCACGGACAGCUUCAGCGAGGGCAGGAAGCUGGGCAAGGGGGGCUUUGGAACCGUGUACCUGGGGCAGGGCGAUGCACGGGACCAGCUCAUAGCCGUCAAGCAUGCGGCCUUUGUGGAGCGCUCCUCCAAGAUAGCCACCAUGUUCGAGGAGGAGGUGAAGGCGGUGUCACGGCUGUACCACAAGAACCUGGUGCGGCUGCUGGGCUACUGCAACGACCACAUGGAGCAGGUGCUCGUGUAUGAGUACGUGCCCAACGGGCCCCUCUCCGACCACCUCUACGGCACCAUCAAAGGGCAGCUGCUGUCGUUUGAGCAGCGGGUGGAGGCGGCAAUAGGGCUGGCGGAGGGGCUGGUGUACCUGCACAACCACACGGAGCGCCCCACCGUGCACCGUGACAUCAAGCCCUCCAACGUGCUGCUCACUGACGACUACCAGGUGAAGAUAGCGGACUUUGGGUUGCUGAGGGAGGUGGGCAAGGAGGAGAUGGGCACGUUCACCAAGGUGGCGGGCACGCGGGGCUACAUGGAUCCCGACUACAUGACGCUCGAAAUGCUCACCACUCGCAGCGAUGUCUACAGUUUUGGAGUGCUACUGCUGGAGCUGGUGACGGGGAGGGAGGCGAUGGAGAGGGAUCCAGACGACAAGGAUCGGCUGGUGCACAUAACCACGGUGGUGCUGCCCUUGGUGGCCUCGCGCCACAUCCACCUCAUCGUUGACACGCGCGUUGCCACACCACUCAAUCUGCCUGCACUGCUCUCCAUGGCUCAGAUCGCAGCGCACUGCGUGCAGCAGCCCGCCACGCGGCGCCCCGAGAUGGUGGAGGUGGUGAAGGCGCUGCACGCCGUCAAGAAGACCUACCUCGCCACGCUCUCCGCUCCUGCCGCUCCUGACGCUGCUCCUGGAGGCAUUGAUGGAUUGCAGGCAGUGAAUGAGGAGAGGGCGUCAAGCGCUGGUGCGCCUGCACAAGGUAUGGCGACUUAUGAUGAAGCGGCGGUGGGUGAUGCAGCAUGGGCGGGCGGGUGGUCACGGGAGGUGCUGUGUGCGUGCAAUGUGAACCCCGCCAAUGAGGUGGAUGUUGCCACGUGGCGCAUGGCACACGCCAGCACUGCUCUCGCAGCGGCAGCAGCGGCACUGAUGGAGGCGCGGGCAACAGUGGAGAUGGAGGGGCUGCGCAGUGACAGUGAGCGCACGGCAGAGGUGCAGAGCAAGGCGCCUGUGGGGGAGCUGCCGGCGGUGCCACUGCUGGAGCAGCGCCACACGGGGGGGUCGGCCAUCAACCUGAGCCGGUCGCAGGAGGGCUCCAGUGAGGGCCGGCGCAUGGGUGAUUCGGGCAGCUGGGUGGCCAAGAUCCUAGGCAGGGGCAAGCAGGGCGGUGCUGCAUGA